UUCACUUGUGCAAAGACGGAAAGGAAACCGCGCAAGAGGAGCAGGAAGCGUCGCGCACAUCAGGAAGACGGGAGUUGGGUAAUUUGGCAAAAGAGGCUUGGGCGCUUUGUCCGUCUCCAAAAUGGAUUUUGCAAGACACUGAUCGGCUCGGGGGGGGGGGGGGUGAGCGGCUAAGCGCCCCCCCCAUCCCCUUUGGACCGCUGCCUGCACGGGCGUAAAGGAGCCUCCGCAGAGGUGAGCGCGCAGGGUGACUUGCAGCGGGUGCCUCGUGGUUUAGAUCAAGGCGGGCGCCGGCAGGCAGAGCGAGAGAGGACUCCAGUGGCUUGGAAGAGUUGCAAAAAAAUGGCAAGGUUCGUGACCUGGUGCUUUGCCCAAUGAUUACACCAAGACUUGGAGAACGUUAAAGAGGAAAAGACUUUAUUCCAGGAAUAAAGGGGCACAGAGUUCCAAGACAGUAAAAACCCUCUGAGCCCACCCUAAAAUAAUGGGGAGGAUCUUUUUAUACCCCUUGGUUCGUGCUGAGACAAAAGGCCCAUCGUCUUUUCUCGGCUACUUGAUUGGAAUGCAGAGAGUUGGGACAUAGGAUGUGGGGGACAGCUGUCCCUUAAGGAAGAAUUUCACCAGUUGUGGCUUUCCGCAUUGUGCUGCUUUCUCAGCUGUGUUAACUUCUACACUUAAAGCCACAGAAUCACCGCCGGCAUCUUUCCAGUCUUUUGAGUUUUGACCUGUGCAAGUUGUUCUGACUCCCUGGGAAAGAAUCACCAGUAGCAGCCAUGCCGCCCGAAGUAAUGAUCAUCUUGGCUGCGUUGCUCAUCUCCGUCGCCAUUGGUUUUCUCUUCAAGAAAGGAGGGCCAAAGACCAAGCAGUUUGGAGGGGCAGCCAUGGGUCUUUUGUUUAUGCUGGCUGGCUGCCACAUCCACACUCUCCACUCACUGGUCACUAUCCUUGGUUCGUGGCUUAUCAUCAAUAUCUCUCCAAGGUCUUGCCACUACUUGACGCUUGGAUGGACCUUUUCCCACCUGCUCUUUCUCCGCACAGUUACAUACUUCGGUUUCCCUGAACCAACUCUGUUAGCCAAUGCCAUACAACCCCUGUUUGCUUUCCAGAUGGUGAGCUUGGCCAAUGACGUGCAAGAAUUCACUCAAGGAAAGAAACAGGAAGUGACAUCCUUUAGCAAGUCUCCUGUGAUUGGUGUGAUCCCCAAAAUGCCAGGACUGGUGGAGAUACUGUGCUACAGUUAUUGCUAUAUGGGACUAAUGGCAGGCCUGUUUUAUCGCUACCGUACACACUAUGAUUGGCUGAACCAGCCUAACUCUAUAGUUAUCCCCAGCUGGCAACCGCUGCUUUCCAGAUCUAAGAUGCUUCCCAUCUAUGGGGUCUCAUUCCUGGUGGUCUCUCACUUCUUUCCCCUUGACUACGUGCGAAGCGACGCCUUCUACGAGCGAGCACUUCCUUUCCGCCUCUUCUACAUGAUACCCAUCUUUUUCGUCUUCCGCAUGCGUUUCUACGUGGUCUGGCUAAGUGUCGAAUGCGUCUGUAUCGCAGCUGCCUUUGGGGCUUACCCAGUUGCCGCCAAAUCCCGACCAGGCAGGGGCCCCACUGUGGAAUAUGAGCCUCUCAGUAGAUCAGCUGAUGGAGAGGUGUCAAGUAUCACCUAUGAUUAUGAGACAAUUAAGAACAUUGACCCACAUGGCACAGAGUUCUGCGUCAAGGUGAAAGAUGGCAUGCGCUGUUGGAACAUGACAGUACAGUGGUGGCUGGCACAAUAUAUCUACAAAAGAGCUCCUUUCCGUUCCUAUGUCAUGAGGAGCGCCUGGACUUUGCUGAUCUCUGCAUACUGGCAUGGAAUUCACCCCGGCUACUACCUCAGCUUCCUGACCAUUCCACUAUGCCUGGCCGCUGAAGGUGCAAUGGAGAACGGCUUCUUGAGACAUCUCUCCCCUGCAGGGCGUCUCUAUGGUGACUGGGUGCAGUGGUUCUUGAAAAUGCGGGCCUACGAAUACGCUUGCAUGGGCUUUGAGCUGCUGACCUUUGAGGACACCAUGCGCUACUGGAGCUCCAUCUAUUAUUGCAUCCACGUGGGAGCAGUGGCCUUCUUCCUGCUGGGGAAGCUGUUGGGAGGUCGGAGGGAACAUGGCAGCUCAAAGGGCAAAGAUGGAGCUGCGCAGAGGGGGGAGUGAUGGGGCUGAGGCAAGGGGUGGCCACUAGAGGUCAGCAUAAAGCCCACAAGGUGGGGCACUCCCUUGGGUCCUGGAGACUGGAGAAGUGACACAAGACUCUCUCUUUUGUUGUUGGUUUGCUGCACUGUUGCAACCAGCAUUGGAGGUCCAAGGGGAAAUUUUUAAAUAGUACUCUGCUGCCAAUUAUAAAUCCCCCUACUACCCCCAGUUUCCUGGGGUAAAGUGUAGAUGACUGGGGAGGGCAAUGGCAAACCACCCCGUAAAGUCUGCCAAGAAAACGUCGGGAUGCGAAGUCAUCCUGUCCCCACCCCGGGGUUAGUAAUGACUCGGUACUUUGCCUUUUACAAACAAAUAUGAGUUUUGUUGUUUUAAAUGAAGCUCAGACGCAUAGUCUCUUUAUCUCACAUGCGUAAAGAACAGUUACAUCAGAAAACCUUAUAUGCCUUAGUACUAAUUGUUUACAGAAUAAAAGAUCAAGAGGGUUAAUACAAAGUUUUUCAGAAUUACAUUUACCAGGACACAUGGCACGGAGUGAUAGGACAGUCAGCUUUCACUGUAAUACAAACAUUUUAAAUGCUUGGAGCCACACUUCUGUUACGGGUUCAAGACUUCUCUAGGAAACUGUUCUUCCAAGGCUAAAACUUAGUUAUGAAUUAAAAACCAGAGAAAAUGAUUACAGUUGAAAGGAACUUUCUCGCCUCAGUGCAAGACUGAGCUGACUUGCAGUUUAAUCUCUAAAGUGAGGGAGAAAGAAUCUGACUACCGAGGCAAAUUUCACCUCCUGUGGGGAUGUUCAGCUUGAAUAAUGCUCACAUAGGAUUUUAGGAGAGGGGUCCUCAGAAAAAUCCCUUAACAGGAAGCAUCCACCCCUGCUCUUGACCUGCUCCCCUGCUAGAAUCCUGACCGUUCCCAUUGCCACCUGCAAUAACUUGCUAGGCAUCAAUAUUUCUUCACUUCUAGCCGUUUUGCCUGCUAGUUUUUUUCUUUCCAGCCUCCGUUUUGCAUUCAGAGUCCUGGCUCCUCACAAGGCUCUGCUCUAACAAUUUGUUUCGUUUCUUUCCUCCUCAACCCUCAGCCAUUUUUCACAGGAGCAUGUCAGAACAUCGCAGGAAUGAGCUGACCUCCGAUUCUUGCCUGCUUCCUAAGAGGCUCCUGGCUGUCUUUUUUUUAAAAAAAUGUAGAGAGAGAGACACAUGCACAACCAUAUAUAUGUACUAGCUGAAGAUAUGUUUUGGGAGUCAUAGUGAAUGGUAAAGUUGAGGGCUCUAAUAGGUCGAAAAGUGGGGAAAUGUCCCAGCUUGAGUGGUGGCAGCACUCUGUGUAAUGAGCUGUUCAAAACUCUGACAGACUCUGUGUCCUGAAUCAGUGACACCUCCGCCCCCCCUCUCUACCAAGCGGGGGUGAGGUUCUGGGAAUUGCGGAUGCACUUCUGGCCCCAGCAUCUACCAUGACAAAGGAGAGCCAACUUCCAUUUUGUUAACAUGGAGAAAAAGAAAGAAGUCCUGAAAAGAAUUUUUGCCAACUUCCAAAGUCUGGUUCAGGUGCUGCACAUUUAAAGGAUCAACCAGGUGUUUUAGAUGCAGGAUUGUAUUUUAGGAAGUGCAGGUGCUGUUGGGGGUGGAGGUGGCUUGAAAAGUAUAUUUCAGGUUUAUGGGCUUCGAAAGUUGGGUUUUAUGUUACAGAACCAAAGUUCUAUUUGGGCCAGUGUGAUUUGGUGUCCCUCUGGGAGGGCGGGGGGAGGUAUGAAGAAGUGAAAAAAAAACAUCUGGCCUGACUGCAACCCUACUUCAUAGCCAAGGCUACUGUAGCUCAGUUGGAAACUUUUAAAGAGAAAUAAAAGUU